AUGUACGCCGCUUCUGUCGCGUCCAGCCGGACGGUAGCUUCACAUUUGCGCGAGCUGGCACACAUGCCUUCGGGCAGAGCAGCAAUCACAAUUAGCAUCAAAAAGGACCAUCACGGUCUCGAAUCCACACAAACCGCUUCCUCCUCAGCUCCAGAACCAUAUGUGCAUUCAUAUACCUCGCUGGAUCGGAUAGAGGGGGAAGUGGCAAUUACGGCACCUAAUGCUCUGCGAUUCGAAGACAUUAGCAUCACUUUUGAAGGAACUUCGAGAACUUACGUGGAGAAUGUAUCAUCGGCCUCCAUGCUCACCCAACGUACGGCUGCUCGUCACAAUUUCCUCAAGCUGGCUCAACCCAUCGACCAGUCUUCAUUCCCACAUCCGCGCAUUCUUGAACCAGGUCGAACCUACAGAUUCCCCUUCACCUUUGUGAUUCCUGAGAGAAUGCUUCCUUCGUCAUGCAGGCACUCGACAGUCAACGCUGAGUUGCACGAAGCCCAUCUGCAGCUACCACCAUCGACGGGAGAUGCAGAGCUCGCAGGCGAUGGCACUCAGCGCUUGGACGACCAGGCACCGGAAAUGACUCGUGUGUCAUAUGCGAUCAAGGCGAGAAUCACCAAUGUCCGCGAGAGUGACAACAAAAAUGUGGUCAUUUGUGAGCGCGAGAAGAAGGUCCGAGUGAUACCGGCUGUAGAGGAAAACCCACCGCUCGACGAGUCUAGACUGGUGGACUAUUCGCUGCGUCGGACAAAGAAUAUCAAAAAGGGCCUUUUCAAGGGAACGCUCGGCAGCUUGAGCAUUGAGGCGGCGCAACCGAGUAGCUUGCAUCUCCCUGCUCGUGGGCUGACAGCCGAUGCGUGUGCGACGACCACCAUGGCGUCCAUCCAGCUGCGCUUUGAUCCCGCUCAUGAAGACUCUCAGCCUCCGGCGCUCAGCCAGCUCGUGAGCAGGCUGACUGCAGAGUCAUACUAUAGCAGCUCGGCGAUGAGACACUGGCCCACCAGGGAUUCACUGCUGAACCUCGCUACCCGGGGCCGGUAUUUUGAGACCUUGCCGCUCGCCAGCCGGUGCAUUGCGUCGGUUCAAUGGGAAAAGUUUGGACCAUCGGAUGCUCCCAGUCGACGAGAUUCGGCCUUGUCCACGAUGUCCAUCCAUGAGAUUCCAGCCCCAUCUGAGGCCUACACCGGAGGCAAUUUUUACGUUGCCAAGGUCUUGGUCCCAAUCACGUUGCCCAAGACCAAGGCAUUCCUUCCGACAUUUUACUCUUGCAUCAUUGCGCGAUUCUACACGCUGGACCUGUCAGUUUCCUACCAAAGCUCGGCCACGAAAUUCUCUGCGCCCACUAUCAGCGUCAAGCUGCCCAUUCAAAUUUCCGCCGCGGGUGAUCCGGCUGCCCAGAGGGCAUUUUCUGAAGCGAAUAGCCAAGAUGCAUUUGCAUUGGAAGUCGACGAUGCCGCGGGAGCGCUCUUUGAAGCCGGCUCGCUUGUUGCCCCGCCUUCGCCAGAGUACACGCGUGUCUCGCUCGUGGCUUCUUCUGGAACAGGAACCUCUGCUGCUCGAGAGUCGCAUCACGAAGCUGAUUAUCCGCCGCCCGCGUAUCCUAUCCAGGGUCAUGUCGCGUUUGGCAACGAAAAGGCCGUGCCAAUUGCUUGA